CGCUGCUCUCCCAGAAUGUCCUCCACCGUGCCCAUCUCCCAGAACGACCUCACCGCACCCACCCCCCAGAACACUCCCCUCACACAUGCUCCCAUCACCGCAGGCCUCUCCCGCCCCACCGUCCCCGACAUCUCGGAAGACAACGAGCCCGCAGAGGACGCCAGCCCCGCCCACCACGCAAUGCUCGGCCUCGUCCACGGCAAGAUCGCGGGCCUCCUCGGCAAGAGCUCCGGCUACAUCGAGAGCCUCCCAGACAACGUAAAACUCUCCGUCGAGGCCCUCAAGGGCGUCCAGGUCAAGCAGAACGAGCUCCAAAAUCAGUACAAGCGCGAGUGCUUCGAGCUCGAGAAAAAAUACCUCGACCUUCAAAAACCUCUCUACGACCGUCGCCACGCCCUCAUCUCCGGCACCGCACAGCCGACGCCCGAAGAGCUCGAGGCCGGCGCUGCCCAGUCCCUCAAGGACGAUCCCGACCACAAGCCACUCGACUCCUCCUCAGCCGCCGCAGCCGCUGCAAUCCCAGAGUUCUGGCUCACCGCCCUCCGCAACCACGUCGGCCUCGCAGAGCUCAUCACAGAGCGCGACGCCGCCGCCCUCAAGCACCUCACCGACAUCCGCAUCGAGUACCUCCCCCCCACAGAGCCCAAGCCUGGCUUCAAGCUCCUCUUCUCCUUUGGUCCCAACGACUACUUUGAGAAUUCCCUCCUAGAAAAAACUUACGUCUACCAGGAGGAGGUCGGCUACUCGGGCGACUUUGUCUACGAUCGCGCCAUCGGCACAGAGAUCAAGUGGAAGGAGGACCAGGACCUCACGAAGGAGUUCGAGAUCAAGAAGCAGCGCAACAAGAACACGAAUCGCACCCGCCUGGUCCGCAAGGCCCGCCCAACCGAGUCCUUCUUCAACUUUUUCUCUCCACCCGUGCCACCCAACGAGGAUGCCAUCGACAACGGCGACAUCGAGGAAGAGGAGCUCGACGAACUGGAGGAAAAACUCGAGAUGGAUUAUCAGAUCGGCGAAGACAUCAAAGAAAAGAUCAUCCCCCGCGCGAUCGAUUACUUCACUGGCAAGGCGCUCGAGUACGACAUGCUCGAUGAAGACGAUGAUGACGACUAUGAGGAUCUCGACGAUGAUGAGGAUGACGAGGAUCGGUUUGAGGACGAUGACUCGGACAGCGAGGAGGAGUUGCCGGCAAGACGCCGUGGCGGACCCAAGGGCCGCGGCGGCGCCCCCGCUUCCGCUGCGAGCGUGAACCCGGAGGAGUGCAAGCAGCAGUGAUGCUGCGUUCUCCCCGACCUAAAAGACUGUCCUUCGUUCAUCCUGAAAAGACAAACAUCCAUAUGCCCCCCCUUACCCCUCUCCCACUCGUCUGUCCGUGCUUCCGUCCGAAUCCUUCAUUCAUAGGUUACGCCCCUCCUUCCUCUUCUUCGGUUUGCGUGUGGUGGUUGCUAAUUCCUCCUGACCCGGCUGCUUGUCCCCCCUUCCAUUUGUUUUUUUGUCGUCUACAAUCUGUUCUUUACAUACAUCCUUCCAACCAUGGCACACAUCUGCCUGCUUCGUGAACUCUACGUGUUAAUCAAGUGCGAUCGCCAGAUCAUUCAUCUGCAGUCGCCUCGCCUCGAGGGCCCGACGGUACCCCACGUAGUACAUUUCGACGCCGCGGCGCGCUGUAACAUCGAUCCCCAACCGCAAACUGUAGCCUACUUAUCGUACAAUCGAUCCCGAUCCGCUGAUUCGCCUUCCCC